CACAGAGUACCGGACGAGAGUCGAUCCAAUCUAAGUGAAUAUCCAAGGCCACCGUGGUCGAUAGAUAAUUCAUUAAGUUGGAAACCAGCGACCCACUUCACUGAAUCCGGUAACUACUCGUGUAAGUAAGUGGUCGCUGCAGGUCAAAAAUAUUUCCGGAACGGGUCUGGAAAGAUGUUGAUGCGGGCAAUUUCGCGAUGGCCGUGAUGAACCUUGGGCACCAAACCUCGGGGGUUUCCUUCCUGUGACGGGCAUAUGCUUCGGACAGUGUGUGUGUCCUGUGGGUCACGACAUCGAGUUCGAGGGUUUGAGCGUACUUUUAGCGAUUAUUGAGGAAUCUUUGGCGGUGGUUGAGCGUCGGAUUAUCGAUCGAGAGAUGCUAAGUUUAGCAUGUCACCACGUGUCUUUGGGAUGUACGACCUGCUCCAGCCAGCUUCCGGGAUCUCAACAAGUGUUUUUGGCGGAUGUCCGCUGUCAUGUGUGCUUCUCGCUUCAUCGUCGAACCGUAACGGCAGAGAAAUUUUGGAGCGCAUAUUGCGUAUGAGGAUUUGAAUUCGGGCUUUGAACUUAGAGGGCGAGAAUAUGUGUAGUGAUCUGGGAGUAUCUGCUGUGUCCGAAGUGAAGAUGCCGCAGCUCUUGACUUUUGAUUUCUAGAUCUCUGGUGCGUGACAGUUCUGUUCUAGUUGUAGACAGAAAUUUUUAUUUAUUUUCACUGGUUUCGGAGUCCGAGCCGGGUUUGACAACAGAUGCGUUGGAACUGUAUGAGCAGUGGACCUAAGACGAAACACCUUUGGAGGAGACGUUUGCUCUUGCCUGCUUGAAGCGAUGAAGCGAGGUAUAGAAAAUUGCUGCCGGCAUUUCUUGUUGCUAAGACCGUGCUAUGGCCUCGUGCUUCUUGCCGCAUCAGCCAUCAUUGCCCUCAUAGUUCUUCAACCUGAACAAGUUACUUUAUCGACUCAUUCGGGGUUCAGCCUGCCGACCAGUAUGAUUCCGUAUCACUGGAAGUGGGAAACGAAGGAAGAGAGCGCAAGUGGUGAGAUGCUCAUUGAAGACAUUGUCCAUUUCGGCUCAGAGGUCUUGCUUUUGGUACGAGUGCCUUCAAGCUUUGGAUUUCCGAACAAGGAAAGACUCCAGUGUCGAUAUGGCACCCACACGCACUUCGCUUACCGCCAAGCCUUGGCAGUGCACCUCGAGGAUACUCGAACUGCAGUGAUUUGCGGUGCACCUCCGCAGGAUGUAACAUGGGAUGUAAGCUCGGUUCUCAUCAAGAUUGACAAAGAUCAAGAAAUUCGAAAGGGCAGUGCAAAUCCAGAGUACAAGCAUCCUUUACCUUGGAACUCUAGCAGUGUGGUGUACGAGGUUUUCCCAACUCACAAAGACGUGGUGGUAUUUGCACAUGGAGUCAACAAUACGCUUGGAGUUGAGUUACCCGAGCAAGAGAGACUCAAGCAGUUCCAGUGCGUCUAUGGAGGUCGUUAUAUAACCGCUGUCACUGCGCAAGCGAACGACGUUUUUAGAUGCGACCACCCACCAGCAUCGGUGAUGGGCGACUUCGCCGGGAAGAAGGUAUUCUUGAGGAUUGGGGGGGAAAUCAUCCCUUCACUUGCAUAUUACAACCCGCUAACUCUUAAGCCGGUGGGCAGACGUGCAGUGUCUGAUGCGAGUGAUGAGGAGCACUUAGCGUCAUUCGAAGCCACCCCAGGAAAACCUAAACUCCAUCACAUUUGUGCUUGCACCUUGAUCUACAACGGAUCUAAGUUCUUAAAGGAGUGGGUGUAUUACCAUAGUCAUCUCGGUGUGGAGAAGUUUUAUUUCUACGACAAUAAUAGUGAAGAUAACCUAGACGAGGUCAUUGCAAAUUUGGCGAACUUCAAUGUCACGAAGCAUUCAUGGCCAUGGGUGAAGUCUCAGGAGGCCGGAUUCUCCCAUUGCAGCUUGUUGGCACAGCCUGAGUGCUCAUGGAUGCUGUAUAUCGACAUAGAUGAAUACUUUUUCCCCAACAGCUCCUUUUUGUUGCGGGGGAACGAGACUUUUCUCCGGAAAAACGAGGGUGGUGAUGUGUCGUCUAUGGCAGGGUAUAAACGGUCAUCGCCUUCUAUCCUCGCCAGAUUUAUCCAAGAAGCAGUCGCGUCUCGAAAGGACGUGAAUGUAACAGUGGGGCAAAUCGCCAUUUAUUGUCACAAUUAUGGGCCAUCAGGGUUGCAGCAGUCUCCUCCUCAAGGCGUCACCCAAGGGUACACAUGCCGGAUUAAGAGACAAAGAAGACACAAGUCUAUCGUAUUGUUGAGUGUAAUUGUUGAGUCAUUGAGAAACCAGGUGCAUCACUUCACCAUGAAGUCUCCCUAUGUGUUGGAGACAAUACGACCCUGGGUUGCUAUUAUCAACCACUAUAAGUUCCAGGCGUGGGACGAGUUUAAGACUAAAUUCCACCGCCGUGCGGCAUCGAAUGUCGCUGACUGGACUGAGGACCGAAACCUUGCUUCCAAUGAUAGGGUUCCUGGGCUUGGAACGAAGCCCAUAAAACCAGCUGACUGGGAGUUGCGGUACUGCGAUGUACAAGACUACGGUCUUCGAGAUUACACACGAAGGGUCUUUGGGUUCUAUGGCAAAGAUAAACGACUACAUCUUGCGUGGGAGUAAUGAUCCAGGAUUUCUUGAAAAAUGUGGUUGUGAGACUCAACACGUAUUGGCAUAAUCUAGCCUUGUGGUUCUUGUCUUGAGUGUCCAGGCGCGUGCCAAUGCAGGAACUUCCUCGAUUGAUCCAGCUCGUUUCUGAGGCAAUGGCAGAUUCUCCAAGACCCGGGUCAUUUGCAAGAGAAAAUCCAAUCCUCUACCCACACAGCAGCUUUUUAGUCCUUCGAUCUGUUCCUCCAUGAAGCCAUCAUUAUAAGACAUGCUUCGAGGCGCUGACGGCAUUGAUAUUGGAAGCCUUCCCAAGGGUGUGUAUAUCAUAAUAAUUAGUUCAGGCUGGCGUGCAUCGUUAUAUCGGUGCUCGGAUCUUCUGAAGGGUUGUACACUAGACAAAAGCAAGGUGGAGUAUGAUUUUUUUUGCGUCGAUGUAAAUCAAUUGUUACUUAAGCAGAUGACUUUCCUUCAGCCUCA